AUAUGAGGAUUGGGAAUUCUGUGAACUGAUAAAUGGCCUCUGGACAGAAUUAUUUGUAUUUAGGAACUCUUUUAAGUUUUGUAUGUGACUGUUUUGUUUUGGUUUCCCACAGCACAAUGGAAAGAGUUGGGGCUUCAGGCUUUACCUCCAGGCCUCAUGGUAGUAGAAGAAAUUAUUUCUUCUGAGGAUGAGAAAAUCCUUUUGGAAAGCGUUAACUGGACAGAGGAUAUAGACGAUCGUAAUGUUCAAAAAUCCUUAAAGCACAGGAGAGUAAAGCAUUUUGGUUAUGAAUUCCACUAUGAGAACAACAGCGUAGAUAAAGACAAGCCAUUACCUGGGGGUCUUCCUGACAUUUGGGAUAGCAUUCUGGAGAAGUGGUUGAAAGAAGGUUUCAUUAAACACAAACCCGACCAAUUGACUGUUAACCAGUAUGAUCCUGGGCAUGGAAUUCCUGCUCAUAUUGACACACAUUCUGCUUUUGAGGAGGAGAUUGUUUCUCUCAGUUUGGGGUCAGAGGUAAAUGUUCACACAUUUUCAUUAGCCAUCAACGACUGUCUUACCUUAUACGAUGCUGUUUGCAUGGGAUUUCUUAAUUAA